AUGUUCCGAAAGCACAUCCCGAAAUAUGUCAUCGCCUCAGUGUCCAUCUCACUCGGUGGGCUGGCGAAUGGCCUCGACACCGGUUCCAUCGGUGCCAUCAUGGCAAUGUCCCAGUUCGAGAAGUCAAUCGGCUCCCUGAGUCCCUUUCUUGUCGGUUUCACCGUCUCGCUCAUCAUGCUGACGGGCGCGGUCCCGUCCAUGCUCACGGGUCAUCUCGCAGACAAGUUCGGUCGGUUGAAAAUGAACCUCGCCGGCGCUGUUCUAUUCGGAAUCGGAGUGCUGCUGCAAGGAAGCGCCUAUACUCUACCUCACUUCCUCUUCGGCCGGGCCCUGGCGGGUCUCGGCGAGGGUGUGUUCUUGGGCAACAUGAGUGUCUACAUCUGUGAGAUUGCCCCCGCCAAAUCAAGAGGAACGCUGGCUGGGCUGCCGCAAUUCAUGUCGACGGCGGGGGUCUGCCUUGGUUACUUUGUCGCGUACGGCACCGUCUACGUUGACUCGAGCUUGGCAUGGCGAUUGCCAUACGUUGUCCAGGGCGUCUGUGCUGUCAUGUUCAGCCUGACCUGCCUCGUCCUACCCGAGUCACCGAGAUGGCUGCUGCUUCAUGGUAGAAGAGCGGAUGCUAUGCGUGCUCUGGAGAGGCUCGAGUUCUCCACGGCCGAAGCUGAGAGAGACUUCCUAUCCUCAUCACAAUCAGAGCAGCGCCUAAGUUUGUCGCAUUGGCAAAGCUUCACACUCUUGUUCAGAAGAGGCUAUCGCGCGAGAACGGUCUUGGCUCUCUUCAUCCUCGGAAUGGUUCAACUGUCUGGAAUUGAUGGCGUUAUAUACUACGCACCCAUUUUGUUCUCACGAGCUGGACUUCCCGGGGAAACGGCUGCCUUCUUGGCCUCGGGGCUAUCCGCGAUUCUAAUGCUGGCCAUUUCCGUCCCUGCAUUCUUGUUCGCUGACAAGUGGGGUCGACGAACUUCGGCCAUCUCGGGAGGAGUAGGUCUCACAAGCUGCAUGCUCUUGAUGGGCAUAUUGUACGCGGCUGGGGUUGUCCACCCCUACGGCGCUGCCCGAUGGAUCGUCAUCGUGUCUGUCUUCACGUUUGGCCUUACAUACUGCGCAACGUGGGGCAUUGUCGGCAAGAUAUAUGCGAGCGAGAUCCAGCCAGGCAACACUCGAGCCGCGGCAAACUGCCUCGCCACUGGCGUUAGCUUUCUCUGCAACUGGCUUGUUGCUAUGAUUACGCCCAUUCUCCUCGACAAGUCCGCGUUCGGAGCGUACUUCCUCUUUGGCGGUCUGGCCUUUGGAACAACCGCCGUUCUCGCAGCUUACAUGCCUGAGACGCGCGGCCGGUCAUUGGAGAACAUUCAAGAAGCCUUCCAUCGCCCUCCGUUGAAGGGCUUGGGCCAUUAUCUACAACGGCUGAAGCCCCGUCACCACGGCGUUGUCCGGGCUCAAGACUCCACAGGGUCCGGUGUGGAGCUUGACUCCCGGAGGUCUGGCGUCUCUCCCACAACAAGUGUAGCCGAUGCUACCACGAGUGGUCUGCGGCUUGACGUUUCAACGGCGUGA